AUGCAUCUCGUCGGCGAAAGCAGCCGAUCAGCGCUGCGGCGCUCGGCAGAUGAGCUACUCAAACACGACUCUGACCACCUUCAAAAGCGUUCACCAUCACCAGCACCAGCACCCGCACCCGCACCCGCGCCUGCACCACAACCAACCGCACCGCCAACACGCCGCACGUUCGAAGAGCCCGAACAUCUGCUCGUACGCGCGCGCGACUUCAGCGAGCGCGUUCAACAACACCAAAGAGGUGCGGCAGACGAAGAGACGAUAUUGGGCCCCUUCUGGGCACGCGAUAUGGACGACGUCGUUCGCAUCAAACGCGACGUGCUUGCUCAACCGCUCGACCGUCGUCUCGAUCGCCUCCCACGAGCACAGCCUGUACAGCGCGCCAUCCAGCGCCGCCAGACCGCCGCACAGGAGACGUGCUACGUCGGAAACGAGGACCUCAGCUGCUAUCCCACCGCAGGCACCACCGUCGCCCAGAAUACAUGGUCCAAAUUCAUCUGGAACGCCAACUACCCCCUCUUUGCUCAGCGCGGCUUCGUAGACGUCUACCUCUUCCAGCAGGAUACCGAUCGCCUCGUCACCUCCUGGACUUCGCAGGACAACGGCGCAGGCCGCGUCUCGUUUCAGCCCAACGACAGCUGGUGGGCGAAUCGUUCCGCCGCUAACAAUAUCCAGCCCAACCAAAAUAUCUCGUGGCCGUUUUACUUUGUCGUCCUCGCCUCGGGUCAGCCUCUCUCGGGCACCACCUCCCGCCUCGCCACCUUCACCGCCGUUCAGACCACGCUGCCCUUUUCGAUCGCACAGGCUCGUGCAUCCUCGUCCAGCGCUGCCUCGGCCGCCUCGGCAUCGUCAGCGAGCGAGGCUAGUGCCGCCAGCGCCGCCAGCGCGGCGUCGGCAUCAGCCUCGGCCGCUACAGCGACGCCCACGGGCAGUGCAGCCGCCGCCGCCUCGUCGCUUCAGUCCAGCCUUAGUGCCGCGCUCGAGUCGUCUCUUCGCGCGUCUGGACUGAGCGGCACAGAGACGCUGCAGGGAACUACCACCGCAACGCUUCCCAACGGCUCCGCAGUCACUGCCACCGCAACAGCGCAGGCCAACGGCGGUCGUCUUGGCGGCUCUUCGGGUUCGGGCAACUCGAACGGUCUGGCACUGCCCACGUACGCGAUCGUGCUCAUCUCGGUGCUCGGCUUCCUCGCCGUCGUAGCUGCCAUGGCUGGGGCCUACUUUAUCAUGGCCGCGCUUCGUAGACGCAGGCAGCGCCAGGGCGGCGAUGGCAGCCACCGCAGUUCGUCGCCCAUGAUGGCCGCGGCGGCCGGCUCGUUGGCAGGACGCAGCCUUGGCGAUGCGGGUGAGACUUCGCACAUGCUCGAGACCGAGGAGCGAGGCAGACGCAGCCUUGGCGAUGCGGGUGAGACUUCGCACAUGCUCGAGACCGAGGAGCGAGGCAGUGCGUUCCCGUCUGCCGCUGCCGCGGGAGCUGCGGGCGUAGGUGCGGGCGCGGGUGGUGCGGCCAUGAUGUCGAGCCACUCGCGUUCGAGUCGCUACUCGGAGGAGCAGCCGUUCACAUCGGACGAGGCAUCGCGCAUGGCUGAUGCCUUCCGCAACGCGCUCCGCAAUCCCGAAUUUGCGCCCGUGAUGGGCGGCGAGUCGUCCGGCGCCGACGGCGAGAGCCCCAACGAGGCGGGCGGCGGCUCGCGCGCCUCGGCGCUGCUGCGCGAAGAGCUGGCGGCCGAGGGCAAGGACCUGCUCAGUGUCGGCGACCGCAAGAAACCCACCUGGCAUCCAGAGUAG